GUUUCAGAGCCUCGACGCUUUCACAUGGCCCUUUCAUAGCUUCUUUCACCCACCCUGCACCCCCGGAGGCCGCUGCAAUGCCGCAGACGAAGAACCUCUUCGCGGAUUUCGCGGAUGCCGAGUUCUGCGCGGAGGAAUUUGCGAGGAAGGAGGACCAGAAGGAUGCGCUGAGCCAAUUGCGGAACGAGUUCGUGAUCCCAACAAAAGGCGACUUGCGCAACACGCGAUAUGGACACCUUCCGAAGGCGGAGACGGGGGCCACAGAUGGUGCUGCAGGUGCGGAUGACGACGAGGAGUCGAUAUACCUGUGUGGAAAUUCUCUGGGGCUCCAACCACGCCGGACGCGGGAGUACAUCAAUCGUUACCUGGACACGUGGGCGUCGAAAGGGGUGUACGGCCACUUCAAGCCCCUAGAAGGCGGACACCCGCCGUGGAUGCACCUGGACGAUGCGGUCAAGGAGCAGACGGCGAAGAUUGUGGGAGCGCUGCCCAGCGAGGUGGUGGUCAUGGAGACGUUGACGGCGAAUCUCCAUCUCCUCAUGUCGAGCUUCUAUAGGCCGACAAAGGACCGCUACAAGAUCAUCAUUGAAGGCAAGGCCUUUCCUAGCGACCAUUACGCGGCUCAAUCUCAGCUUGCGCACCACAGCCUCCCUCCUUCCGCCCUUAUCACCAUCGAACCGCCCUCUCCCUCCUCACCCUACCUCACUACCGAAAGCAUCCUGUCCCUCAUCUCGCAGGAUGCUGCCUCUAUCGCUCUUGUUCUCCUCCCCGGAAUCCAAUUCUACUCCGGCCAGUUCUUCGACAUCGAACUCAUAACACGCCACUGCCACUCGCUGGGCAUCAUAGUAGGUUGGGACCUCGCACACGCGGUUGGUAACGUGCCACUGAAGCUGCACGACUGGAACGUCGAUUUUGCGGCUUGGUGCAACUACAAGUACAUGAACGGUGGGCCGGGAGUAAUAGGCGGCUUGUUCGUGCACGACAUGCAUGGCAAGGUCGAGCAAGUGCCCACGGUAUCCGGCAUCGACACCCCAGUGGACGGCGACGCAAAACACGACAACGAUACGCAACUCGUCUACCGUCCGCGCCUCAGCGGCUGGUGGGGCAGCGACAAGAGCAGCAGGUUCCGCAUGGAGAACAAAUUCGUCCCCAUCCCCGGCGCAAGCGGCUUCCAGCUCAGCAACCCGAGCGCACUAGACAUGACCGCCGUCAUGGCAAGCCUAGACGUCUUCGCCCUCACCUCCAUGGACGCCCUCCGCCAGCGCAGCCUGCGCCUCACAGCCUACCUCGAAGAACGCCUGCGCCGAUACGACGCCGGCGCCGGCAACCCGCCACCGUACAAAAUCAUCACGCCGCUGAACCCGGCUGAGCGCGGGGCCCAGCUCAGCGUGCUUCUGAACCCCGGGUUGCUGGAUAACGUCCUGCACUACCUCGAGGAGCGCGGCGUUGUCGUCGACGAGCGCAAGCCAGACGUCCUGCGCGUCGCCCCCGCUCCGCUGUACAAUUCCUUCGGCGAUGUCCACCGCUUCAUCACCAUCUUCCACGAGGCGUGCAAGCAGGCCGUUGCUCUCGCCGAGGGGGCCAAAGGCGAGAACGGGGUUGCUGGUGCGGGCUAGCCCCUUCCCCACUGGAGGACGAGUUUUGCAUUUUGGAAUGCUGGCUUCCUGAGACAUUUUGUCACAUCUGGGCGGGUAUCUGUGUAUGAUUCUAACUCCCCCACCACCCCUACCCCUAAUCUCUCUCUCUCCUACAGCUCUUCUUCUUCUUCUUCCCCACACACAACGGACGGCAUGCAUGCAUAUACCCCAGCAACGACGGAAUGUGAGGACCCAGCUAGAUCAAAGUAACAAGGGACAGAAAGGGAGGGGGGCUGCUUAAUCAUCCAUCCAUCCAUCCAUCCAUCCGUCAUCUUUUCCGCUAGAAGGGAAUUCUUUGUACGAAUAUAAUAUUGUGUAUAGGAAGU